AUGUCCCAUUUUAAGGACCUCAGGACUCUGCUGCUGCUCGUGGGCUCGGUUCUGGUUCUGUCGGCGCCGGUGACGGGACAAGACGACCUGGACUCGGGCCCGGACCCGGACCUGGACCCGGACCUGGACCCGGACUCUCUGAGCUGCUCUCAGGACGGGCAGCAGUUCAGUGACAAAGACGUGUGGAAGCCGGAGCCGUGUCGUAUUUGCGUGUGCGACUCCGGCUCCGUCCUGUGCGAUGACAUCGUGUGUGAGGAGCUCAGGGACUGCUCCAAACCUGAAAUACCAUUCGGAGAGUGUUGUGCCGUCUGCGCCGCGGACCCCCGCCCCCCCGGAGUCCCAGGGGCCAAGGUCAGUACUGUGUCUGUGACCCUCUGUCUGUGA